AUGUUGGCAUGUUUACAAAAGUCAUGCAAAUACGCUAAAGCAGAACCACAGCGCAGUCAAAACGAUCAAACGCGGUACCUGCAGUUCAGAAUCACCACUAGGAGACCUACCACUCGCCCCACGGGUAUCUUGCUGGACAACCUACAGCCCUCAUAUGUUCCAAGGUACAUCAAAGAAGACAUCACUGAAGUGGAGUACGAGCCUAGACUAGUAACCACCCACAAAGUAGACCCUCACUGGUUCCUGAUGCCGGUGCAGGCGUGGUUCGUCUUGUCCAUCGUACUGGCUGCGCUCUUCAUUGUUCUUGUCGUCAUCGUUGUACUUCUGUAUAGGACCAUCAGGAAGCAGAAGAAAAAAAUUCGCAAACUGGUCAUUUCCAGCCGAUGUGGAGACCCGCUGCACCACGAGAUGUGCAACUGCAGACGAGGAAUUUCAGUGGCGUCUCCUUAUCUUGGGCCACUUGGAAGGUCCCUCGACGGACUAGGGACCUUGGGACGCCCAAUAGACGGGACUCUGGGACGUCCAAUAGACGGACGUUACAACGGAGAACUGAGUGGCACCUUGCAGCUCGCUGCCACCACCUGCAGAGACUCUGCCGUGUCAAGAAAUUCACUGAGAGGAGCGACACUUGCGAACAGCAAAACUAAAGAUUCUCCAGCUCAUCUGGCAACAUUACAGAGAGGUUCAUUGCAACGUGCAACGCUUCAGCGAGGGUCGAAUUUCCAUGCACAAAGCUACGACCAGCCAACGACGAUCAACAUCGGCAAUGGCAGGCGAUUGCAAACGACCGACAUGAUCGAGCAUGACCGAGACGCGCUACGAGAUGUAACUAGACUCUAGUUGAGAGCAUCACGCGGUUCGCAUAUAAAAAUAAUAACGAGAGCGAUGACUGCCCACCUCCAUUGGCACCGAAAACAGUUCAGUCUCACCCACAAACUCAACAAAGCCUCCAGCAACAACAGGGGCAGCAACAUCAACAUGAGCAACACUUCGAGCGAGACCGAAGUCUGCGCGGCAUAACUCGCUGCGUGGCUCCUGACGUGCAUCUCACGACGCUCUACCCGCCUCCUCCUGGAAGAUUUCACUUUUAAAUACAAACAUGUUUCUGCCUACGAUUAUCUGCAUCGUUGUUGAAAUUUUUAGUUAACAUAAAAAUUCAUUUAUUUGCAGCGGCAUUUGCAUUGACAGCGAAUUUAAAGUGCGCACGCGCUCAACAUAUUAUUUUUUAAAAUAAUAUGUUGAGGACUCUGAAGAAUGUAUGUUUUGCAUGAACAACGAAUUUUAAGUGCACACGCGCUCAACAUAUUAUUUUUGAAAUUUUUGAGAAUGUAGGGACUCUAUUGAAUGUAGGGCAAUUGCAUUUCUACAUAUUGAACGAUUUCCUUGGAAGACAUGAAUUUUCAUAGAAAAAUACUAGAAUAACGAUAAG